UCCGUCGCCUUGAAAGUCGUAUAGCUGAAAGGGACUUGCUUUGGCAUCAACCUUGUCACCGGCCAAAAUAAGUUCAACAUUCUCUUGUGAACAUCUUCCACCACUUUCUUUUCUGGCGCAUCCUCCGUAGGAUCAAAAGCCGGUCCUGAUUCCACCUUAACGGUAUUGUCAUAUACAAAGAAGCCGUGAGCACGGUCCAUGCUGCUCAACCAACCCCAAAGUCCCUACAUGACAAGUCCGUGCAUUGGAGGCUACAGUCUCUUUGCCAUGGGACAACCAUUCGAGCGCAAAAAGGAAAGAUCUCGGGCUUCGAUUAAAGAGCAGUUUAAGCCUGGAAGACUAAGCAUCAACGUUGGUUUAACUUUACUCUACAUCCAAUUCAAAGAACCAUCAGCCUCAAUCUCGUUUGAUCAGUUGAUCACAAUGUCCUCACCAUGUUUUUGCAUCUUUCAGUGGCUGUUGACUAUAGGGAGCAAUGGAUGGCAUUUGAGGGCUGUAUAUAGGGAUGUCAGACGAAGUAUAUAUAUUACGUAUGCCUCCACUUUGGCCUCCACCGAGUAGUACGCGGGGUGUGACUUCUUUGUCUCACCGCAGCCAUCUUUCCUGUUUCUUGCACGUCUAUCAUACAAAUCCCCUCUCCUUCUUGUUUUCCUUCUCCCCAUGUAUUCUCUCUUUUUUGAUUUGCUAUACCUCCACAAACAACCAUUUCAUUUCAUCCACAGAUCUUUACUUGUUACUUGGAAAGGCGUUAGCAACUCCUUGGCUUAUCACUGCCCACGACCUCCACCACCUUGCUCUUCUUGUUUAUCUACAACAAUGGUGGCUACCACCGGCUGUCGAUCCUCCUUUCCUUCGUCUCACACCUCUCACUAUUCUUUUUUUGCUCCAUCUGUAUUUGACAAAGUCAAGUCUGCCUGGACUACCUUUUUCUCCAAGUUUGGCUUUGGGAAGGGGAAGGACAAGGAUGAGGCGACGCUGCUUUCUGCCUCUCCCAAUGCUCAUGAGGGUUUUCUCUCCUUUGUGUCUAGUCUAGCUCCAUAUCCCGUCUCUACCCGAGUCAAACAACCUACGAUUGACACGAUGGACUCUCGGGUAUCCUAUCCAUCCUCUGAGGUCCCUGUCCUUAAACCCAUCCAGGUCCACGAGGCGAUCCCUAUUAUCUCCAUCAUCAACGCGUCAUCUGGCUCUCUUCCCCCACCCUCGCCCACUAUUUCUCUUGAGUCUUCCCAAGAUUCUAUCAAGAUAGUCAAGGGUCCUACUUUCCCAGAGACAGUUUUUGCUGACGUUCCCCAUAAUAAGCAUAUUCCGACCGUUCGGGCCCUCAAACGAGUUACAUGGACUAGACAUUUCAUCAAGAACACCCCAACUGACGUCUUUCGAGCCGAAAAUGCGCAGAUCAAGAGUAAUGAUAAGCCUAUUCCUCGCCUUAAUUUUGGACCCAUUCUGCGAUCUUUUGGUGAACCUGAAGAUGACCAAGUGUCUGUCACUUCGAUGAUUGAUGAAGAAUACGAACACGAACACAAACAUCUUAUCGACAGCUAUCAAUUUGUGGAGGGUCAACGCCGGGCACAUUCCUUGCCAACAGACUCUUUUGGCCGUUGGCAAAUUCCAUACCUCAUCAACUACCAGGCGAGAAUGAUGGUACCCUCUCUCAAACAAGUAUCUGUCUGCACACCUACACUGGAACACGUCGCACAUGCGGUCAUUAUCGAGGAAUCGGAAUCUCUGUCUUUGGAUUCGCAAUCAUACGACCACGAAUGCAGGAUUUUGGCACGAUGGCCCAAGGAGACUCACCACUCUAGCAUCUCGUCGGCAGACAUUCCCAUCUGCCAGGGACAGAAGCAAAUGAACCCGUACAACGAUUCGCCCAAUCAUUCUAUCGCUUCUCUCCCGUCAUGGUAUUCUUACUUUACCAGCAAUGUUGAUAAUUUUCUCCAGGACCAGCAGGAUAAGCAAGACGAGCAGGAACGACCCCUCCUUCCCAACAAUAGCAAUACCAAUUCUAUCGGUGGUAUUCUCUCUUCUAUCAACUGGUUUCCUUCUAUCAAUUCGCCUGAUAACGGUAAUCGCUCGAUCUCAACUCAGACGGUUGAACAGGAUUAUUCCCACUUAUGUAAAUCCCCUGGUAAUACCCAGGGAAGGACUAGGAAUAAGGUUGAACAUCGUGGGGGGAAGAUGUUUGCCCAGAGUUGCCUGGAAGCCCUCGAAGACUGGAAGAGGGAGACAGUUUUCAGACCUGCGUUUGAGAGUGAGAGUGGUAGACAAGGAGGAGGUGGAAAUGAACGAAACGAUGGACAAGGUAUUGAGUCGGCUUUGGAAUGCCCAUCUGGACAGGAGGAGGUAGGCCGGGAAGACCAUGAUUACGAGGAGAGGAGAGUAUUACUCGAAUCGACUGCCCCUGGAGAGACUUCGAGGUGGCAGUCUUUUGCAGAAUUUGGAGAAUUCGGCUUCCGUCAUGACCAUCAAAUCUUUCGGCCUGAAAUCCCUUUUUCUUUUGGUGCAUCGGAUGUAAAACCCCGAACACCUCUUUCUCAAUUGUCUAUCAAACCAAAUCUUAUUAAAGUCAAUGUCGAUCAUGCCCAGGGCACGAUGCAGACUCAUGAGCACCACCUCCCAUCAAUCAAGUUUUCUAUGCGUGCCCGAUAUACCAAAAUGUACAUCAAGGAGGAGCAAAUGGCCAAUCCAGCAAAGAAUGAAUCGAAAGCGAGGUGGUCAAGACGCUUGGGGGGAGCAUUGAGGAUGUGAUGCUGUCGAUUUGGAUAAAGUCGUGACUAUUAAUUUCUUUUUGUUUCUUCUUUUUGACUUUUUGGGCUUUGGUGCUUUUGAUAUUAUAAUUUCUUAAUGCUUUUGGACAUUAUCAAAGAAACUUUUGUCUCGUUUUCGCAAACAUAUUUCUAAUACAUGGAUGAGAUGGUUGGGGAUGGACUUUUUGAUAGCAUUUUUGGU